GAGGAGGAGUCAAGGCAGGGGAGGAGCGGCGCUAUGAGGUGGGAACGUGGGCGGAGCUACGGAGGGCAGGUGAAACUGGCUCCCGCAGAACUUUCAUUCUCGGAGCCUCGGCCGGGCUCCCGGGCGCCUGUGCGCGGUUUCUGUCCCGGAAUGCCUGAAGCGCGGGGCCGUGCCGGGGAAGGGAUAAACUUGGCCAGGUGCAGCACGGCUGUUUGGAGGGAAAAGAAGAGGGAGGCGCGUGCUCUGGGCCAGCGGAGGUGAUCGGUGCGCUCGGGCCGCGGGAGUUGGAGGGGUCUCCGGCCGGGGUCAUGGCCCAGGAGCUGAGCCAAGCCGAGGUCUUGGACUUCCUCUGUCAGGCUGGGGGGCGAGUCGCUAACGCCGUCUUGCUGGGCCACUUUAAGCGCUUCUUGCGGGACCCCGAAGCCUCUCCGGCUGAGCUGCAGCGCCGGCGGGAGCUCUUCAAGGGCUUCGUCAACUCCGUCGCUACGGUGAGGCAGGAGGGGCCGGGCGCGGCCAAGUACGUGGUGCUCAGGAAGCGGUAUCGAGAGCUGGUGGGAGAAGAACCGAAGCCACCUGCCGCCGCCCCCGAAACCGGCGAGAUCCAAACCGCCAAGCCGUCGCCGCCUCUCGAAGUUCAAGACGCCCGGGGGGCGCUGCAAGGCCAGGCCGAAUCGGAGCGCGCGCCCAGGGCGCACGGCGGUGGUUGCCGCGGGGAACCUCCCCGGCGCCAGGUGGAAGAGGAGCGUGCCUGCAGAGACUCGGCCCACGAACUAAGGGCUUGCCCAGGGUCCAGCAGGUGCCCACCCGGGGAUCGCAGAGGGCGAUCGGGGGCCCAGCUUCCUUCCAGCCCUGAUCUAGGCUGCCAGGGGCGCCCCUCGGAAGGAUGCGCCCCGCUUGGAGUGGAGGAGCCCGGGCAGACUCCCCCCGGGGACCCGCUGCUCCUCCUCGGAGGGGCACCGCAGUCUAAUGGUCCGUGUUUACCCGUCGAGGAAUUGGGAGCGCCUCCAAGUGUCGGCAAUCCCCAGCAAAGGAUUCUAGAGUGGGUGGAGAGGGCGCACGCUGUCACCCACCAUUCCUCCAUCUCCGACCAGCGCGAAGAAGGGUCCUGGCCAACCCGGCACUCGCCCCCAAGCACAGUACGGAACGCCUGCCCUUCUCCACCCCAGGAUUCCCAGUUUGGACAGCCACUGGCGUUGGAUGCGCGGCGGGACCACGUGCCCGUCUUCCGGAGUAUCCGUUGCCAGCUUUCCCUGCAGGAUCUGGAGGAUUUUAUCGAGAAGGCGAGCUCGGCGAGUGAAGAUGGCAGCAGCGUCAGCGGAGGCAGCGACUCCUGUCGGCGGGAAGGAGGAACUGGCAUCCCUUAUCCCCUGCCUGGAAGGCAGAAUGGUCACUUAGCAGAGAGAGCCUGGACGGGGCUCAACCACAAACCCCACCAAAAUGGGCUGCUGGUGGUGGGGCCCCCUGCCAAGGAGAAUGCAGCCCAAGAGGAUGGCCCGAUCCCAGAGCACCUUGCCUUGCUCAGCCAGGUCGUUGGCAGAGCUGCCGCCUUGGGCAAGCCAUCGGACAAAGACUCCAAGAGGCCAAGCAGGGAAUCGCUCAACCCUAGGAAAGUGGCCAGGCUGUCUCCCUCAAACCUGGAAGCCCCCUUAAGUCCGCGGCUGGUCCCGAGGCAAGGGCGCUCUGCCAGCACUCCUGAUGUGGAAGGUCUGGGCCUGGAUGCAGAGGAGUCAAGCGAGCACAGGUCUUCCUUGGUGCCUCUGGAUCCCCGGGAGCAUGCCUGGCUGGUUAAAGUGGCCACAGGCUCAUGGAUGCAGGCCCGGGCGCUGUUCCUUGAAGACCCGCACCUGGCCACCCGCAAGGACUUCAUCUUCGGCUACACAGUGCUCCACUGGCUGGCCAAGCAUGGGAAUGCGCAGGUGUUGCAGGACUUUGUCACCGGCGCCAAGAAAGCUGGGAUGGCCCUCGAUGUGAAUGUCAGGUCGGGCUGUGGUUACACGCCGCUGCACCUGGCUGCCAUGCACGGGCACCAGCUGGUCAUCAAGCUGCUGGUGCAGAAGCUGCACUGCAGCAUCCAGAUGAGGGACAGCAGUGGGAAGAGGCCGUGGCAAUACCUGAGCAGCGCCACCUCGGGAGAAGUGUGGCAGCUUUUGGGGGCACCUCGGGGCAAAACCAUCUUCCCGGCCUGUCCUAUAAGCAGAAGCUCCCCCUCUCUGGGCAGGAAAGGCAAAAGCCUAGAGCUGGCUAGGAAAAUCAGCAGGAAAUCUUCCUUGGCGGCAUACUUGAAGCCUCAGCACAUUAAAUGGAAAAUGGCAAACAAGUACCCACCGUUACAGGAAGAAUACAGUGACUAAGGGCUGCCGUGAUGGGGUCACAGGCAGGCAAGAGGUUCCCAAGGGCCAUGUCUCCAAGUUGAAUGUGGGACUGGGGGAGGAGGGAGAGAGUGCACUUUAUUCAUGUUGAGCAGGGGUUGUCCCCAACUUUAUUUAUUUUAAUUAAUCUUAAAAAAAAAUCCUACACAGAUGCUUCUAUAAUGGUCAUGAAGAUUGCUCAAUUCAUGGGGAGAUCUUUAUGCAUCCACUCAUUCCAGUUUAGCUCUUUGGGUUCCAUCACUGGGAAACUACAUUAUUUCCUUAUUAGCAAGUGAUCUUCAGGAUCAGGCUUGGGAGAAUCCAUUUGUUUGCCCUAUCUGGUGCUGAUAAGGGCAACUCCGGCCUCUUAUGAGUGUUUGUAUUGAAGGGUAAACAAAAGGACAAAUGGUAGAGAAUCCCAACCCCAUUUUUAACUUCCCCACUCUAUCCCAGAAUGGAGAUUUCUGUAUGGAGGAGAGUUUGUAUAUUUAGUUGUUUGGUAAAUGGAAUCAUCACUGAAACAAUAACAGUAUUCAAGAUGCCGUUUGGGGUGGAAAUGGCCUGGGGUAGAAAUGACUGGGAUGUCAUUUGCCCUGCAACUUGCUAGGCACAAUUAAUUAGUUGCCUUCCAAAACUUGUGUGAGAGGCAGAUAGAUUGGGGAAUCUUUAAUUAAGCUGGGAUCAUCUCCUUGCAGAGGAGUUUUAAACUUAAGACAAACAACAAACUCUUAUAGAAAUGACUGGGAUGUCAUUUGCCCUGCAACUUGCUAGGCGCAAUUAAUUAGUUGCCUUCCGAAACUUGUGUAAGAGGCAGACUGAUUGGGAAUUUUUUAAGCUAUGAUCACCUCCUUGCAGAGGAGUUUUAAAUUUAAGACAAACAACAAACUUGUUUUUUUUUGGAGGAGGAGUGUGUUAUUUCAAAUAUCAAUAGGGUCAGUGAAAUUCAUCUCCCCACCACCUCUCUCAAAACUGAAAGCUAAAAACUGAUCAGCAAAAGCUUAAACAUAUUUUGCUACUUUUUAAAAAGCUUGUUAAUAAAUUUAUUUUAUUAUGUUUUGCUCCUUAA